AUGGAUGAUUAUCUUGAUGUCUUCGGCCAACAGACCUUCACUAUCAAUAUUCAGUCAUGUUUUUGCUUUCCCCUCCCAGACAACUCCGCAUGCCCGGAAAUUGUCGGCACUCUCACCAAAGGUCUCGAAAGACUCCGUACAAGCUUUCCGUGGUUAGCAGGUCAAGUUGUCAAUGAGGGUUCGAGCGAUGGCGACACGGGUUACUUCAUGAUCAGGCCGCUGGAAAAUGAAGCUCAGCUGGUUGUGCGAGAUCUGCAGAAUGACCUCUCAGUCGCGACAAUGAAAGAUUUACAGCGUGCUAAUUACCCCAUAGGCAUGCUGGAUCAAAACAUUCUGGCGCCCCGCAAGAUUUUCCCGGAGAACCAGGAUGACUCGAAGCCUGUUUUCCUUAUCCAAGCGACUUUUAUCACGGGAGGCCUCCUUCUCACCUUCGUCGCUCAACACAAUGCUAUGGAUGCCACCGGCCUAGUUAAUAUUAUUCACCUUUUUUCUAAGGCUUGUCGAAACGAAGAAUUCACAUAUGAGGAGCUCCGGGACGGUAAUCUUCCACGCCGAGAUAUUGUUCCAUUGCUCGAAGACAGCCAUGCGACAGAUGCCGAGCUCAAUCGUUAUAUUGUCAAAACCGCUCCAUAUAAGCAUUCAACUAACUUGCCAGGGACUCGUAUGCCGAAAUGCUCAUGGACGUCUUUCAAAAUCUCACCUCGCUCGCUAGAGGAGCUGAAAUCUGUUGCUAUGGCAUCCCUCCCACCGCCAUCCUUCGUCUCUACUGAUGAUGCACUCACGGCCUUCAUCUGGCAAUCUGUUACUCGGGCCCGUCUGCGCCGACUGGGUCCCUCGACUCACUCAACCAUCAUGCGCGCCGUGGAUGUACGGGGACUUCUCGAUAUUUCUCCGCUCUACCCGGGACCUAUACAGAGCAAUGUCUAUACCGAAUCUUCGAUCAUGAGACUCAUUGAGGAGCCGUUGGGUAACAUUGCUUUGCAACUUCGGCUAGCUCUAAGCGACGAAUCGCGCUUAGAACACCACACGCGUGUUAUUGCAACCUUCCUGAGUCGUACGCCGGACAAGAAUAUUUUCUCCUUUGGCGCAUCAAUCGAUACAACCACGGAUCUCAUUUUCAGUUCGUGGGCAAAACUGGAGAGCUAUCGCUUUGACUUCAACCUUGGUUUAGGAUUGCCUGAGGCUGUACGAAAGCCAAGAUGCAAUGAGGUCGAGGGGUUGACUUUUCUAUUGCCCAAGACACGUGAAGGCGAGGUCAUAGUUGCAAUAUACCUACGGGAUGAAGAUAUAGAAGAGCUCCGGUCUGAUGUCGUCUUCAUCAAACAUGCGGAGUAUGUUGGUUAG